AGUGUGUACAUCAACAUCAAAGACUCUCUCUUUCUCUCACUCUCUAUCAUCUCUUCGCAAGCCUUUUCCAGUUCUGAGGAGCUCAGAGCCAAAGAUAAUGGAGGAAAGCCAAGAAGAACUUGCCUUGACCCAGUUGAGAAAAUCGGUCGAGAAACUCUCUUCUUCCACAGAGGGAUAUGAAGCACCCACAUUGAUGAGGUUCUUGGUUGCAAGAUCAAUGAAUCCACACAAGGCAGCAAAGAUGUUUGUGGAUUGGCAGAAAUGGAGAGCAUCCUUGGUUCCUCCAAAUGGGAUCACAGACUCAGAAGUGAAGGAUGAACUGGAUUUCAGAAAGGUCUGUCUUCAGGGUCCAACCAAAUCAGGACACCCUAUGGUUCUUGUCAUAACCUCUAAGCAUUUCCCUGCUAAGGAUCAAGUUAUCUUCAAGAAGUUUGUUGUUCAUGUGCUAGACAAAACAAUAGCAAGUGGCAUCAAAGGCAAAGAAGUAGGGGAUGAGAAGUUAGUAGCCGUUAUCGAUCUUUCAAACAUUACAUACAAGAACCUUGAUGCUCGUGGACUAAUCACUGGCUUUCAAUUCUUACAAUCUUACUACCCGGAACGCCUAGCAAAAUGCUACAUCUUGCACAUGCCUGGAUUCUUCUUGACCGUUUGGAGAUUUGUUUGCCGUUUUCUAGACAAAGCAACUAAGGAAAAGAUUGUGAUAGUAACGGAGGGAGAAGAAGAGAGAAAGUUCAAGGAGGAGAUCGAACUAGAUGCAUUGCCGGAAGAAUAUGGUGGUAGAGCUAAGCUCACACUAAUCCAAGAUGUUCUUCUUCCUCAGACAGCUCCCCAAAUGUUAACUACAAACAAUGAUAAUGUUUAACUCUUAACGAUCAGUUACUGUACUGCUUUAUUGGUUUAUAUUAUGUAAUGACUAUAACAAAACUUUCGUUAGAGAAGCAAUGAAACACGUGAGAAAGUUGUGCUAA